UGUGGGACCGAAAAGAGUCAGCACAUCACUGUGGUGUUAGCGGCUUUACACUGACUCCCCGAGCUCUCUGUAAUACUUUACAUUUAUUAAUACGAGAGAGAGAGAGAGAGAGAGAGAGGGAGGUGCGUUAACAGUCCCGCUCUGUCGGAACUUUAUCACGUGACACCAGGCGGAACUAAACAAAAGAAAGGCGCUAAUACUGUUAGCUUUCCUCUUGUGUGCCUGAGCAGAGAGACUCUUCUGUUGUGUUGUUUUAUGUGAGCUGUGGCAGUAACAAUGCCUUCAGUUCAGUCUCUGAGAGAGUUUAUCAACGAGCGACUAACUGCUGCUGCUGAACAAAUAUUCUUGGAGUUUGAAAAAACGAUCGUCCAGUACGAGGAAGAGAUCGACCGUCAGCGCAGACUGCUGGAUAUCACCUGGAAACCCCAAAUCAAGCUGCACAGGACAGAACUCCCACAGCAGCCUGUCUGUAAGGACGAGGAGGUUCUCCCUGAGCCGCAGCUCUGGAGCCAGGAGAGGAACUCUCUGCACCAGGAGGAACCAGAACUUCCACAUAUUAAAGAGGAACAGGAGGAACUCUGCACCAGUCAGGAGGGUGAGCAGGUUGGACUCAAGGAGGAGACUGAUACCUUUAUGGUGACUGCUGCUGAGGAAAGAGACCACGAUAAACCAGAAUCAAACAGUAACCAGCUCCCUUCUCAAACCUGUCCUAUAGAUGAGAGCCAAAAUUACGGAGGAAGCAGGAGUUUAGACUCCGGGACAAAUAGUAACUUAGAAAGUCAGAGUAAUUGUGACACAGGUAAAGAGUCUUUAACAUGUAAUCUUUGUGGAAAAUCCUUUAAGAAUAAGUACAAAAUGAGUCAACAUCACAGAAUCCACACAGGUGAGAAGCCAUAUUCUUGUGAAAUGUGUGGGAAAACGUUUUGUCUGUCAUCAACACUUAAAAGCCAUAAGACUACCCAUACAGGUGAGAAACCGUAUUCUUGUAAAAUAUGUGGCAAAAGUUUCACACGAAGCAGUGGUGUGACCAUACACAUGAGAAUGCACACAGGUGAGAGACCGUACCAUUGUAAAACAUGCAGGAAAGUGUUCUCAAGUAGCAGUCAUUUAUCGGCACACAGAAGAACGCACACAGGUGAGAGACCGUAUCAUUGUAAAACUUGCGGGAAAAUGUUCACAUCUAGCAGUCAUGUAUGGCGCCACAUGAAAACGCACACGGGUGAGAGACCGUAUCAUUGCAAAACAUGUGGGAAAAUGUUCACAUGUAGCAGUCAUUUAUGGCGCCACAUGAAAACUCACACAGGUGAGAAGUCGUAGUCUUGAAACAUUUAGAGAACAAUGUCCAAGAAGCCAAGCUUGAAAGAAGAUCUGAGAAUUUAUACAGGUUCACAGGAGAACUUUCAGAGUUUAAAUACCUUUAAGCUGUGUUCCAAAAUCAUCAUUUAUUGCAUGUUUAUUAUGUAUAAAGCAGAUUUAACCCUGUAAGACCCAAUCCAUCAAAAAAUAGCCAGAAAAUUCUAAAAAAAAAAUUUUCGGGGGGGGCUGAAAUGUUUAAUAACCCUUAUAACAAAAUCCACUUCUUUUCUUAAUAUCAUGUUGUUUAUGAUAUAUAAUAAAUAUAUAUUUUUUGUUUUGAUUGAUACAUUUGAUACAUUUGGCAUUUUUGUUAACAACAGUGUUAAUUUUAGACAAAAAAAGGAGUUUGUCCAUAACAUUUUGAAAUUAUGGCAAGUAUCGAUCAUGUUGAUGAGAUAAAGGUUUCAGAAACUCAUGUAGCAAAUAUGAUACAAAGGGCAUUAUAGGGUUAAUUUGUUCUCAUCAAAUUCGUCAAUGAAAAUAUGGUGACUCUCAAAAGAUGGAUUUUAGUUUUGGUUUUAUUUAUUGAUAUAUUUUUCUGUUGCGAAGUUGAAACUCAAUUUGAAUAUUAAUUUUUGUUUUUGCUGUGCAUUAGAGGAUAGCUGAUGGCUGUUGCUGAUUUGGAGUCAGUGUCUUUUGAUGUAAAACAGCAUUUGAGCUAUUUGUUUUUUAAUAAACAGAAAAAAUUGAAGGUUUUUGUUACAUUGGUAGCUGUUUAGUUUAUUUGGUUCAUAUCACUUUUGGUUAUUUCGUUCAUUAAGACUGACAUAAGUUUUUUUUUUUGUUUGUUUGUUUUUUUUACUUUUGAGUUUUGUAAGAAUGUAGACGUGUUGUGCUGAUGGGAUCAUCAGGUUGGGUAGGCAGGUCCACCAUGGGGGAGGGUCUUUGUUUUGUUGUGUUUUAUCUACACAGCAGUAACUAAUGGAUGAAUAUUUUGACAGUAGUAAAGCAGAAAGUUUUGAGGGGAUGACUGUGUUGCUUGGACUCCUCCAACAUGCAUCAAAGUGCUGUUCCUGUAGCUGCACAGGUGUUUCUCUGCUUGAUUUGCCUCACAGUGUGAGGCAAAGAUGUUUUUCCUGCGUAAUGGGGACCUGCCAGAGCUCAUCUUUCAUCCAGCACCGCUUUACAAGAUCAAAGAGGGUUUAAAAAAAACUGAAUAAAAUGGACUAGGGUUAAAUGAAGAUAACAGUUUACUUCAGUUGUACUUGUAUCCCCUAUAUCCAUUAAAUAGGUUUUUAUAGGUUAUUGCUGUUAGCUUCUGCAUGAAUUAAAUUGAAUCUGUGAUUAAAG